GAGUUCACAUCAGCGAUAACAACGUAACCCUAUCAGCGCGAUAGUGAUGAAAACGCCUAGGCUGCAAUCCUUUGAAGAUAAAUUCCAAAUUAUCAUUUAAUUUCUGUGUGCAAUUAAGCACGGUUGAUAUUGAUAAUCAAAUUUCAUUAGUUUUAAGUAUUUACCAUUACCUUUGGGAAUUUGUUGGAAACAGCAUGAAAAAGCUGGGAACCAUUCGCGUUUUACUGUUUCCUUGUUAAUAGUUGAUGGGGAAAACGAAUUGACCCAGUUGGAACAAGAACACCAAAUGUGGCUGAACUCAGUAGCUACGAAGAACAGUGAUAUGUUGCCUAUUGGAAAGACGUCGUCAGAGCCUGUAGACGAAGAUGAAGAUGAAGAAGAUGAGGAGGAACAUGAAGAUGAUGACAGCGAAAGUCGUGAAGCAGAAGACAGUGAUAUAGACUCCUUUACUGUCAAUGGGCCAAACUUUAAUCGUGACCUUGGUGAAGGUCCACCUAGACUUGCCAACCUUACUAUGGAUCUCAGUGAAUAAAAAGUCAAGCAAUGUGCAUUAGAGUUGCAUGUUUCAUUAAAAUUAAAUGGUCAAUUAGAAAGCAAGGUAUCCGAAUGACUACAUUUCAAUUAAAGAAUGAUG